UAACUUGACAUUAUUUAUUGCAAAGUACAAAACAGAACUUACUUACAUUUAAAUAUUUUAUUGCAUCUUUUGCAUUCCUUUUUUUCAAUCUUCUUAACUAUUUAUUAUUUGUCUUUGUCAUAAUAAUUCAUAACAUUUAUAUUAAAUGUUAACCAUAAUAAUUCGACAUGUUUAAAUGAAAUUUAUCCAUUUGUGACAAAAAUUCAAAACGGUUAACAAGAGUUUUUUUAAUUUUUACAUAAUUAGUUAGGUAUGGGUAUUCGGGUAUCCGUUAGGAUACGUAAUGCUCUUUUUCGGGUAUCGUUUUUGGAUUUUGAAAUUAGGUUAUAUGCAUGUAUUAUAAAUUUUUGUGUGUGUUUUGAGUCGGGUCCUUCCUAAUUUGGUUGAUGAAGAUAUUGCAUGUCUAUCAUUGUUUAUGGUGUUUUGUUAUCGAUUUCCUUGUUUUGUUGUUGGAGAAUUUCAUGUGUUGGUUAUUAGUCUCCUGUGUUGCAAGCUUUUAGUUUGUGUAAGAUUUCUUGUUUUGGGUGAAGAUUGUUGACAUCCAGUUUUUGUAAUCUUUAGUUGUUUCAAUUUAAGUGUUUUAAAGAUGAAAAAAAAAUCUGAUCUUUCUAGAUCUGGGUAAGUUUGAUUGUGAUGGGUAAAAUUUUAAAAAUAUUCAAAUAAUGUAGUAUAUGUUUGGAAGUAUCAUUAAACAAUUUAUAAAAGAGUAAAAAUCAAAACCAAAACGAAUGCGCGGAUCAGAUAAUGAUUGUCUUGGAAAAAGAAUCAAAGACAAAAGAAAGGAUCCCCAAAAGAAAUGAGUUUCUGCCGACAACGAGAAAAGAUUGCAAGCAGAAAAGUCUAUGAGAGAAACUUAAAGCAGCAUGCUAGUGGGUUACGAUUCAAUAGUCAUUGGUGGUCUGUGUCUCCUUUAGAAUUCACACCGAAAGUGAGGAGUUAUAUUUCUGAUCCAUCUUCUCUUACCUUUAGACAAGAAGACAUUGUCCGAACCAAACCAAUGUAUUCUUCUUUGUUGGCUGGAAGGGAUGUGGAUGUCUUCCUAAGCUUCUGCUGCGAGACUAGCGAUCAUCGAGUUUUGCAAGAUCAUUUGUUAGGAAGUGGAAUCCAAACUUUUGAAUCCAUCAGCUGGGGGGAGACGAGAGUAAGAUCAGUUGAUCAACGGACACUCAAGGCUUUGGAAGAGUCGAAAGCGGUUGUGAUGCUAUCUAAGAGGGAACCUUGUUCCGUUGGGUUCCUUGAAGAGCUCAUAGUAAUACUCGAGUUUCAAGAGAAAGGUUCACUCAAGGUCAUACCCAUCUGCCUCACGCCUUACCCUUUUGUUGAUGUGGAAGAAGAAAACUCCCAACUAUAUCCAGAGAAUGCGCCGAGCUGGAGAGCCGCACUUACCAAACUGUCCAACAUCGCCACCGAGUAUCCAUUUUCUCGGAAUAUCAAGUCUAUGUUCCUACCAGAUUGGCUCAGGGAAGUUGCUCGUGACAUUUGUCUCCAAGUUCUCUCUUCCACAUCAAACGAUUUGAAUGCCCUUGUUGCAAUGGAUCGUCACAUGGAAGCUGUUUACGAGUUGUUGGGGGUUUCUUCAGAUGUUAACAACAACGAGGUUCAAACCAUUGGCAUCUGGUGUAGCGCAGGUGUUGGGAAGACAACACUUGCACGGUACAUUUAUGCAAAGAUCUCCGUAAAUUUUCAGACAUGUGUUUUCCUUGAAAAUGUUGAAAACAUGAAAGACAAGAUUCUAAAGUCUGAAGAUCCAACGGUAAUGACAAGUUUAGAUCACGACAUUAUGACAAAAGCAAGGCGUAAACACGAGAAAGUUCUCCUUGUAGCUGAUGGUGUGAACAACAUCGAGCAAGCCGUGUGGAUCAUUGAAUAUGCUAAAUGGUUUGCUCCAGGAAGCAAAGUCGCUCUCAUUAGCCAGAAAAAGAAUUUGCUUGUUGACGCCGGAGUGACGGAUGUGUAUGAAGUUAGAACUCUAAGAUAUGAUGAAUCUCUUCAACUCUUCUCACAUUUUGCGUUCAAGCAGCCAAAUCCCCCUACCGAUUUCGAACUGCUUGCAGUUCAUGCUGUCCAUCUCGCAGGGUUUCUUCCUUUAGCACUUAGGCUGUUAGGGUCCUUUUUGAAUGGUAAAGGUCGACAGGAGUGGGAAGCUGCACUGCUCAAACUCAAGGCAAAGCAAGGUGGAAAUAUAUUGGAAGUGUGGAAACUUAUGGAAUCACCACAAUGAUAAAAGAUCAAGAGGAAAAGGAAGUUGCAAGUGCUUAGAGGCAAUGAAGAUAUUGCAUAUCUUUGUGCACCAGUAAAAUCCCAGCAUUUUAGGGGGUGCGGGUGCCGCACGGUGUGCCUUUCCGAUUUAGAAAAUUUACUUUUUCUAGAUAAGUAUGUAUUUAGGGAAAACAAAAUCGGGUUUUGAGGCUGCUAUAAAUACGGGUCUAAGGGUUUGUAAGAUUAUUCAUUCACAUAAUAAUAAGAAAUCCUAAACGGAUAUUUGCCUCAAUUCGUUUUGAUCUUUCUUUUACUUUCUUUGAAGUUGAUUAGCUUUUGUUCACAACAGAAGAUAUGAAGUCAGAAUCUUGAGGAAGCAUCAAGAUAUUACGGAAAGUGGGGGAGGAGUCACCUGUAUCUUUUUCCUUUCAUCUUUCUUUUUGUAAUUUCUUUGACGGUAAUGAGUUUGAAACUUGCAAACCAUUAGUAUCCGAAAACUCCAUGAUUAUUAUUUUCAGCAAACAGAAUGACUUGAAAGGAGUUGAAUAUGAUGAAGAUGUAAGACGUCUGCCCUGAAGUAGUCGCUGACGUAGUUGCUGAAGCAGACGUCGGGUUAAGUGGUGAAGACCAUGUGGAGUCAAGAUGCUGAGCUGGAGUCGUGUAGACUUGGAGAGCAAGGGAGUAUCUUGGAGAUAUGGAAAGAGGAAUAAACUUGAGGAGCAAGUUUAUGACUUAAAGAAAGAGGAAUAAGUGCAUUCCAAGAAAAUGAAAGUUGCACUUAUUGUUAUGGAAGAUGUCCAUACAU